AUGGCACAAUCUCAGGCAGCGCGAUCGACGUAUAUCGAACGACGAGAAUCAUCGAACGAGCUUUUCGAUGUUGCGGAAGGCGAUGUGGAUGCCGCCCUCCCUCUCAUUGAGGCCUGCACAUCGGGCGACGACAUCCUACUUCGGGACUUGCUCUCACACCCAGAUUGGGCCAAGAUUAUGCUCGACACACAGUGGUGUAUCAAGAGCGAACACCGCCCAGUUAAGAAAGAUGUCCAGAACGAUGCGCGAGGAGUUUACGUGGGAUGGAUGGAAAACUUGGUACGGGGUAUGAACCGAUCGGCCCCGCGCGGCCAUAUUGACGUCGUGAAAACAUUACUCAAGUUCGGCAAGGAGCACGACGUGGAGCCCUUGGACUUCAUAAGAUACCAUUCCGUGUUGAGAGUGAUGUACGGGCAUCACCUGGAUAUCAUGGAGGUCUUCAUCGAAGCAGAGCCCAGCGUCGUCACCUUCCACAUGGGCCAUGGCGUCCAACCUCUGGAUCACGCUGUCAGGUAUUGCAUGACGGAUAUGGUUGCUCUACUCUUUCGACACGGCGCCACCGUCAAACAUCCCGGGCAUGGGGGUUAUGGCAAUAAAAGGGAUGGGAGCUAUAUGAUUUCCCUCCUGUCCAAAGCCGCUCCUGCGAGAACCACUCGACUCGUCGAGUUGUUGCUGGAGCAUGGCGCUGUAAUUCCUCAAUCAGGGGCGCUACAUGCCGCGGCUGGGUCUGACCGGCUGGAUACCAUGCGGCUCCUGAUUCAGCGCGGGGCAGACGUGAAUGAGUUUCUUCCCGAGAACACUCUUCCCGCCCGCAAUCGGUCCUUGUACGCCACUUGGUCACCGAUGCAUUUCGCUGCAGAUGGGAAGAAGGUCGACGCUAUGAAGCUGUUGGAGGGUUACGGGGCUCGGUCUGAUGUGAAAGAUGAGCAGGGCAAGACGCCGAAGCAAUUGCUGGAGGAGCGUAGAGAAGAGGAGCGGAAAGCAGAAGAUCUCAAACCCGAGGAGAAACAAAACCCCUGA